AUGAGGUUCAGGGGCAGGGCACUGUCCCCAAACUCUGCAAGGCUGCAGCCACAAGGAGUAAAGGCCAUGACCCCCACCUUCAUAGCCCUGCUCUGCCUUGGAAUGAUCCCCAAGCCCACAAUCAGGGCUGAGCCAGGCUCUCUUGUCCCCAAAGGGACCCAGGUGACCAUCUCAUGUGAGGGGACUGCAGGCGCCUUGGGAUACUAUCUCAAUAAAGGUGGACAAAAAGAUUCCUCAUGGCCACAGACCCCAUUGUACCCUGGGAACAGGGCCCAUUGGUUCAUCCCAUCCAUUGAAAUGCACCAUGCAGGCCUAUAUAACUGUUCCUACCUCACCCGUGCUGGAUGGUCAGAGCACAGUGACUCACUGGAGCUUGUGGUGACAGGAAUCUACAACAGUAAACCACAGCUGCUGGCUCUGCCCAUCCCUGUGGUGACCUCAGUACAGAACCUGACCCUCCAUUGUUACUCACGAGGAGUAUAUGACAGGCUCGUUCUGACCGAAGAAGGAGAACAGAAUCUCUCCAUGUCCUUGGACUCACAGCAUUCACCACUUUGGAAAUCCCAAGCUCUGUUCGCCUUGGGCCCUCUGAUACCCAGCAGCAAGAGAACCUUCAGAUGUUAUGGCUAUAACAAGACAGACCCACAGAAAUGGUCAGAAUCCAGUGAACCCCUGGAAAUACAAAUCUCAGGAAGCUUCCAAAUUAGCCCUCUGAGGCUUUCCACUGGAGGCUGGCACAGGUGCUAUGGUGCACAGAGACUCUCCUCCCAGUGGGCAGUCCCCAGUGAUGUCCUGGACAUACUGAUCACAGAACGUCUCAGUGUCAUACCCUCCUUCUCAAAAUAGCCAGAUCCCUCCUUGUCUUCAGGAGAAAACAUGACCCUACUGUACUUACAGUCCGAGGGUCACACAGUGGAGAAUCUCAUCAGGAUUAGUGUGGCUGGCUUGGUCCUUGUCGUCCUUGGGAUUCUGCUGUUUGAAUCUCAGCACAGCCCGAGAAGGAUCCAAGAGGCUUUGGGAGUGAACAGAAGAGACAACAGUGCAUGCUUCAUGCUGACUGAUGCCAAGUUUAUGUAA